AAUUUUGAGAAACACUUUUAUGUUUGAACACAUUGUUUUCAAACUGCAAUUAACUUUGACUCCCUUUAGUUGUGUGUGGGUGUCCCUGGACUUCUAUACCACUUCCCAUUACCCACUGAGGAUGUCCUGUUAGAUCAGUGUGAGUGUGCGAGUGUGUGUGUGUGCGUUAAUGAGAAAUGGGAGGGUAGAAAGUCCGGGCUGCUUGAUUACUCAGAUAGCCCUCAACAUUAGAGCUGGAAGGAGUCAUCUGGUGUCUGCAGGCUUCGCACAAAAAAGACUCUCCAGAAGACAUCCAGGCCUCAGGAGGGACCUGCCCCUCUUCAUCUCCAGCACACUCAUCAUCACCGCGAGACCAUGAGCACUCCCGAGCAGAACCACUCAAUAGACCACUUAAAUGGCACACCGUGGUUUGUCUAUGAGUGCACCAUCCAGCUCGAUGCGGACUACCGGCGCAUCGCCCUCUUCUUGGUCUACCUGUUCGUCUUCAUGGUGGGCCUGCUGGAGAACGCACUGGUCGUCUGGGUGAACUGGCGUCGGCGCCACUCUGCCAACGGGGUUCUCUUCUGCGUCAUCAACGUGAGCCUGUCGGACCUGAUGGUGAUUGUGAUCCUGCCAUUCUUCAUAAUGGAGGUGACCAUGGACAGGGUUUGGCUGUGGGGCCGCUUCCUCUGCAAGGUCACCAACCUCAUCUACGUGAUCAACUUCUACAGCAGCACCUUCUUCCUGGCCUCCAUGACCCUGGAGCGCUACCUGUCCCUAACCAGACCCUCGUCUCCGUCCCUGUUCCCUGUGGCGGGCCGGCGGCGCUGGGUGCUCUGCGGAGGCCUGUGGGUGUUCUCCUUUUUCCUGGCUCUGUUGGAGAACGUCCACAUGGAUCUUCUGGAGUGGGAUGAGCCCGGCUGUUACAUGGUGCCUGAGUACAACUACAUCGAAUGGUACAUCUGCGUGUCUUUCCUCAGCCUGCUCUUCCAGUUCCUGGGCCCUGCUGCUGUCAUCAUCACCUGCAACGUGCUGAUCGCUCGAGCAGUUAGAACAGCUCCAGAUGUGCAGGGCCGGCGGGACGUGUGGCUGGUGCAUGUGUACUCCCUGGUGUUCAUCAUGUGCUGGCUGCCCUACCACAUGGUUAUGUUCCUCAUGAUCAUAGACGACCUCGACCCUCACAUCUUCAGCUGCAACACAAUAGAAGUCCUCUACUUCUCAUUCAGCUUGGUGCAGGGCCUGUCUCUUUUCCACUGUGUUGCCAACCCCAUCCUCUACAACUUCCUCAGCAAGAGCUUCCGCAACAACCUGAUCAACAGGGUGGUGACCUGCUUACCCAGAGAAGAGCCUGCGGACCAGGUGGGAUCAGGAAACCAGCCCAACGCUCCGAAUGGCGGCGGGGACCCGAGAAAGCAGCGAAAGUUGAGCAACACCAGCACAAGCCAGUCUGAUGUUGGAUCAUAAGAAAGAAGCUGAGAUAAGAAAAGAGUGUAAGCUUCAGGAGUGAGACGUUUGACAGAACCGAAUCCAGUGUUGGUGCCUCAGAAAUGGGCUCACCAACACCUUCAUCUCAUAAUCCACUUCCUGUUUUUACUUUCAUCAUGUAUCUGAUCACAGUUUUACACAGAGGAAGGCAGGAAAUGUUUGAUGUUCUUUUUUUUUUCUUUUCUUUUUUUGUUUUACCCUCAAAGCUGCUCAAAUCCCACAGGAACUCACAGCAGCAGCCACUAAAAUUUAAUGGUACACGGGAAGACCAGUGCCACACCAGGAAUGUGUGUAAACAAAUGCUGCUGUCUGUCCAGUGCCAGAUAAGAGCCAUCCUCAUACCCAUAUAAACAUGUGAAAAUGUUGAAUAGCCCAUAGCACACACAGAUAAAUUAUAGCUCACAUUUAUCGGUUUCUUAGCUGCUGUAGUCUAACAAUUUCUGUUAAAACGCAAUAAAACGCAAUCAAACACUGUUUGUAUCCAUCUGAGCUGCAAAACCUGAGUUGAGCUUUCUACUUUUGUUAUCGUGAUAGAGUAGAGCGAUGGAAAAAGCAUGUUUGGAAGCUUAACGUGUUUGUUUUACUGAGUUUGCUGUUCUUGCACUUGGCUAUCUCCCUUCUUGCACAUACUGUUGAUCUUUAUUACAUCUACUUCCAUCUGGAAUGUGUCACAUUCAACGCUUAAAUGAUAAAGAAAGCAGAAAAAAGGAAAAGGGGGACUGUCAGUCCACAGAUGGCACAAUGGCAGGAAAAGACAAGGCUUUAAAAAGGGCAAAGGUCACGAGCCCCUGGAAGCAGGAGGUUCACAACACUACGCAGAUUUCUGCAAGUUCAUCACUGGAAUUCUGAUGAUGGAUGAAUUUUUUUGGUUCAGGACAUUGUAAAAGAAAAAAGGUUGUCCAAAACAGACUUUUGAAAAAUCAUUAAAGGUUUAUAACAGUU